UGUUGAGGAAAGUCUCGCGAUGUUUAAACGUGAUUGUGACUCUGGGUUAAAAGCGACAUCUACUGGUGUGGACUGAAGUGGCCAUCAGGUCAGGGGGAAGAACUUGAGCAGCUGGGAUGCUUUUCUCAUCCUGAGGACCUGAACAUCAGACCAGCACUUUUACUGCCACUCACAGUUUAUUACACACACGUGAUUCCGGAAACUAAUCUUUACAUGUUAGAUAUUGUUUCUCCUAAAAGAUCAGUUUAGAUUUUAUGUGCGUUUUGUUGUAAAAACAAAAACCCUAACACUGCAUUGAGGAUGAAGAUGAGAAUGAAGAUGAGGAUGAGGUUUUAUUCGGAGCCGCUCAGACGCAGUGGUUUGUCCUAAAUCACCUCCGGGUCCUGGUGCAUGGAUGAAGAGAAUCUGCGCAUCUUCCAGAAAAGCAAGGUAGAGCUGUCUCACUGCACCAGUGCCUGGUCUCUCUGUCUCACUGCCCUCCCUCACAGUUAUGGAGAAGUGUUGUUCUGAAUGUCCGGAGCCUCGAGUGGCCCAGAGUUUAUGUACCUUCUGCAACAAGUGGCUGUGCUUCCAGUGUACAGAUCUGCACCAGCACGACAGAACAGCAGCAGCUCCAGCAGCAGAAUCACGGCAUCAGUCGAGCUCCAGCAGUCCCACAGCACCACCAGAACCAGGUUCGGCUUGUUGUGGCCGUGCGGUUGUCAUGUGUCCGCUCCAUAAACAGGAGCUUCUGGAGCUCUUCUGUGAAACGUGUGACCUUCUGGCCUGCAGCAUCUGCCACCUGUCCUCACACAAGGACCAUCGGCUGGUGCACGUUGGCAAGGCUUUACAGGAUCAGCAGUGGCUCCUGGAGAACCUGAUGGCUCGUGUGGAGGAGAAGAGAUCAGCUGUGGAGAACACUGCCAAGCAGAUUCAGGGCAGAUUUCACAGUGUAAAGAUCACACAGAGGAAGGCUGAGAACCAGAUAAAAAUGGCCAAGAUGAUCAUGAUGAAUGAGCUGAACAAAAGGGCCAACCUAUUAAUAGAGCAACUGGAGAAUAUCUCGAGCGGGUUUAAGCAGCAUCUGGAGGACCAGCUGCAGGGGGCGAUAGAGCUUUGUAGCCAGCUGGAGCACAUGCAGAACUUCAUCACCUGGGCAGUAGCACAUCACAGGAGGAACCCACUGCUGUUCAGCAAAGAACUGAUCGCUCUUCAGAUGCAGCAGCUCCUGGAGCCGCUGAUGCACUCCGAGACCUGGGCACCUCUGAAGAUAAAGUUCAACUGGGACGCCAGCUUCUGGACCAAACAGAUCUCCACUCUAGGUCAGCUGAGUGUGGAGGGAGGAAGUCGCUCGUACUCAGAGGGCAUGGGCCGGGCCGGGAUCCUGAGACCUCAGCCUGUCCCGUGUGUGUCUGUGCCGUCUCUGUGUUAUCCACUCCGAGAGACAGACUGCAGCUAUCAGGCCUUCUGCCAGCAUCAGCUCUGCUGCCUGCACUGCAGACCGGCUCCGUCUGUCCCGCUGGAGAAGUUUCCCAUCCCACUGGACAGGUAUUCGGUUCCGCACGCGGCAGAACCCAGCUGCAGUUCUCCUCCCAGCCUGCAGAGGUGCUGGAGUUCUGAUGCCGAGGCCCAAGCACAGCCAUCCCUGCAUGAAUCAAGGAGCCUGGGUGCAGACGCAGUGAAACAAGCUGCAGUGAGUGAUCUUCAGCCUCAGAGCAGCCGAGAGCGUCCCACAGAGCAGCAGAUGUUUACAAAAAAGCGGCUUGGAGAUCUGCAGGACUUGGAGUGCAGCGAGAAACGUCUCUCAGAGAGGACAGAUGAAGACAUGAGAACCUCAAAGAGAACCUCACAGAACAGCCCCAAACCCUCAGACAUGCUGGUACAGGACGGAGGAUUUGGAGCUAACGCUGAGAGCCCAGAGAGCAGAACUGCUGUGUGCAGCAUUUCCACAGAACCAGGAUCUUCAUGCAGUACUUCUCACACAUCCCAUCCUCUGGGGAUUAAUCAGAGAGCAGGAACAGGAGCCAAGCAUCAGGAAGUCACGGCACAGUCGCCGGACUACACGAGUCCUGCUGAACGAAUUCUGGACGACAUGAUGAUCCGGUUUCAUCCAGAAAGCCGUGAUGGUUCUUCUCAGACGUUCUACAAGACCGAGCCUGAUAAUGUCUAUGCAUAUCCUCAUGAAAACACCAGCUGUACAUCUCCGGAUAAAUGCAGCAUAUCAACAGUUCAGGAUACCAGAAAAGCUCCUGAGGGUUCGAAGGUCCCUGUUGUGUGUCUGGAACGGCUGAAGAUCCUGGUGUCCAGAUGUCCACCACAGGGGCACCACAGCACACCUCCUCCAGCUGACCCGAGACUGAAGUGUGAUGGGAUUGUGUCUCAGGAGCCGUACACAGAAGUCAGUCCUGAGGAGGAACCUGUUGAAGAACCAGGACAGAGAGCAGAGGCAUAUCAGCUACCAAGUGAGCCAGAACAUCUGUGCAGCACAUCACCGGCGGGCUCAGAGUCUUCCUUACAGGAGCUUUGCAACAGAAGCGAAGAAUUUUCAGCACACAUGACCGCUCCAUCCCCAUCCAGCGAUCCGGAAUCUCCCACUUCCACACCACCUGAAUCCAAAUACGCUUCCGACCCUAAUCAGUCUGAACCCAGAUCUGUGACAGCGUCUGACUCGCAGCUCGAGUCCACGGCGGACGCAGACCUCGGGUCAGACGCGGAACUUGAAUCUGAGCUUCAAGUUGAAUCAGAUCCAAGUUCCACGUCUGGACCACAAAUCGAAUCGGACUCAGAAUCAGACCUGGAGAUCGAACAGGUUCCGGAGCUUUCUGCGGAGUUCGAGCAGGAGCUGGAAUCGAACGCCGACUCCACCGCUGAAGUAACUCUGAACCUGGAGCAGGAGUGUGAAUGGGAGGCGGAGCCAGUGAGUGUGAAGGCAAGCGUGCAUAAGGAAGUCGGUGUGGUUGAGCGGCAGUGUCCAGAGGUGGAGAGCGAGGACUUCUGUGCCGUCUGCUCCAUUGGAGGAGAGUUGCUGUGCUGUGAUCGCUGCCCCAAGGUCUUUCACCUGAGCUGCCACGUGCCCUCUCUCCUCAGCUUUCCCACGGGCGACUGGGUGUGUUCACUGUGCAGAGACGUGCAGCGGCCGGAGGUGGUGUACGACUGUGAGGACUCCCGACUGUCCCCCCACACCGCACCAUCUGCACUGUCACCAUGUGACCAGAGGAAAUGUGAGAAGCUCAUGCUGCUCAUCUACAGCAACAUCCUGAGCGCUCCGUUCCACGAACCCGUCAGCCCACUGGCUCGUCAUUAUUAUCAGAUCAUCAAGAGGCCCAUGGACUUGUCAGUUAUCCGGAGCAGGCUGAACAAACGCAGCUCUGCUCACUACAGCUCCGUCACAGAGUUCGUGUCUGACGUCCUGCUGAUGUUUAAGAACUGCGCCAAGUUUAACUACCCGGAUUCAGAAGUGGCUCAGGCCGGCCGUAGUCUUCAGACCUUCUUUCUCUCGAAGCUCAGUGUGGUUUUUCCUGAGCUCAGCUGUCCUGCUCCUGAUGGCGACUCAGACAGCGAUGAUUACGAGGAGCCCGAGUGUGCAGCCGCCCUCACCUUCCCCUGGCCUGACAGGAGAGAACAGAGCCACAGGAAGAGGAAGAGGAGGCGCUCGCUCAGCUGUAGGAGACAUCACUAUUAACCUCCUGCACUAUGAUGGACUUCUACACCAUCACACACAUACACAGCUUCACCUGAGAGCUAAACCUGAUUAAAACACCCUUCUCUAAGCCUGUGUGUCAUGCGGUUCAUCUCCACAGCUGGAGGUUUAUAGAUCUGAUGCACUUCAUGUUAUCACUUUUUGAUAUCACACAGGUUGCUGCCACCUCUGGAUGUAGAGGAGUGACGUUGAUUGGUUAUAUACAGUAAUAUACAGUAUAUUUAUUAUAGAGAAUGUGAUCUUGUAUGUUUUAUAUGCUUUCUAUGCCCCAGCUUUGACUUGUUCCUACUGUAGUAGCCCAGUAGACCUGCAGUUUUAUGGCCUUAAGCCCAACAGCGUUCACAUUGGACAGACCGUGUUGAAUUAAUUUUCCUCUGGCUUUUUAUCAAUCAAAAUAUUCCUCUAAUUCUGGAGAGGAACGUGGAUUCCGAUUGGACGUUGCUAGGUAACUUGUUUUAAAUAUGUAUCGCUUCAAUUUUCAUUUAGUGAUGAUUCUAAAAUAUUCAAGUAAUGAAUUAUUUCUCAGGUAGAAGUGAGGAAGGAGUGCGGUUUAUUCCUCCUCUUGUACAGGGUCCAUCAGAAAAGAGAAGCUUUUAAUAAUAAUAAUAAUAAUAAUAAUAAUAAUAAUAAUAAUAAUAAUAAUAAUAAUAGUGUAGAAUUUGUUCACUUCAUUCAUUCUCGUAUAUUAAUGUAAUUAUCUGGAUUAUUUCAGCUCUAUAUAGACGUCAGUUUGACUUCAGCUCAUUUUACUUCCUACCUAAAAGCCUCUACAGUUUGAUUUAAGACUCGUCGUCUUCAGUAUCUACAUUUCUUUUGCAUUGCAGUACUUUUUAUUAUUAUUAAUAUUAUUUUUGUAAAUCUGCUGUAUGAUCUGUACAGAUUGUAUAAAUAGUCCCUGCUGAAUCAUGGUUAUUUACUGCUGACUAAUUAUUUUCAGGAUUAACUUUAAUUCUGUAAUUUAUUUUCAGCACAAACUGAAUGUGAACCUUCUCACACUGACACACGCCAUACAUCUGAUCUCUCAGCUCCUUUGGCACUUUGCCAAUGUGCCAUAAACACUAAUCAUAAGCACGUCAGUCACUGUAUGUUCACAGGCUUCGGAGACAAACUCCCAGCUUUUUAUCUUCUGUUUAAAGUCUCCAUGUUAAACUGAUAGUAUAAGGAAUAUCUGCACUGACCUGAAUUAAACAUCCUGAAACUUGCUUUAA